UAAGUUAUCCUCUUAGGCGUGUUGGCUACUCUUGCGUUCUCAGCCCGGUUCUCUCUUCUUUCCCUCUAUUCCUUCCCUUCUGAUUGCCACGGUAGCCCUUCUGGGAUAUAUUUGAGCUAUUUGGCAGGCAUUUCCCAAAUCCCCAUUUUCAUCCUGUGUUACCCCAAAGGAGAGACCUACAUUACUUACCACUGUCAUGGGUAGAGUGCGUACAAUCUGCUUUACAAAGAAUUUGUGUGUUUUGAGCCUGGGAUGAGACACCAAGUUCAGCACUGACACUCAAAGAGCCAGUAAAGUCUCCUAAAGUUAAAGGAGACUCCAGAUUCAGACCCUCCUACAUCUAAGGAGGGAAAUGAACCGAUCUCCUGUCUACUCAGGAGUCAGGAUUUCUGGCUGCUGGGCCCUUGGAGCUGAAGGCAGCAACAGCAGUGCCGAAUCCUUAGACAGGCUGCUACCUGCCGUGGGUACCACCAGGUCACCACGGAAACGGACCACCAGCCAGUGCAAAUCUGAGCCACCCCUCCUGCGGACGAGCAAGAGGACCAUUUACACUGCAGGCCGGCCACCCUGGUACAACGAACAUGGGACACAGUCAAAAGAGGCUUUUGUCAUUGGCCUUGGGGGAGGCAGUGCUUCUGGUAAGACCACCGUAGCCAGGAUGAUCAUAGAGGCCUUAGAUGUGCCGUGGGUAGUCCUUCUGUCCAUGGACUCCUUCUACAAGGUCCUGACAAAGGAACAACAGCAACUGGCAGCCAGCAACGAUUACAAUUUUGACCACCCCGACGCUUUCGAUUUUGACCUGAUCAUCUCCACCUUGAAGAAACUCAAACAAGGGAAAAGUGUCAAGAUCCCCAUUUACGAUUUCACCACCCACAGUCGCAAAAAAGAAUGGAAAACCCUUUAUGGAGCUAAUGUGAUCAUAUUUGAAGGCAUCAUGGCAUUUGCUGACAAGGAACUCCUAAAGCUUCUGGACAUGAAGAUAUUUGUUGACACAGAUUCUGACAUCCGCUUGGUUCGGCGCCUGCGCAGGGACAUCACCGAGCGCGGGCGGGACAUUGAGGGGGUGAUCAAACAGUACAACAAAUUUGUCAAGCCUGCCUUCGACCAGUACAUCCAGCCCACCAUGAGGCUUGCUGACAUCGUUGUCCCACGAGGAAGUGGAAACACUGUAGCCAUUGACCUGAUCGUCCAGCACGUCCACAGCCAACUGGAAGAGCGUGAACUCAGCGUCAGAAAUUUUGCAUGGUUCAGUAUCCUCCUUACUAGCUGCUUUGUCUUCUUUCUCCAGCUACACUACCUGAGGCUUCCAAAAGAUAUCAGUGAAGAUCAUGUUAUCCUGAUGGACUGUACUGUCUCAACAGGAGCAGCAGCCAUGAUGGCUGUGAGGGUGUUGCUGGACCAUGAUGUCCCAGAGGAUAAAAUCUUCCUCCUGUCCCUGCUAAUGGCAGAGAUGGGUGUCCACUCUGUUGCCUAUGCCUUCCCUCAGGUGAAGAUCAUUACCACAGCCGUGGACAAAAAAGUGAAUGACCUCUUCCGUAUCAUCCCUGGCAUUGGGAACUUUGGAGACCGUUACUUUGGUACAGAUGCACCUCCCGACUGGAGUGAUGAAGAAUACCUGCUGGACUCUUAGUGAGCUUCUGUGUGACCCAAAAAAGCACUGUGAAGGAUAUAGGAGGCUUUGUCAACCACACCUUAACCUGAAAAAACCCCCUUUUCCCCAACAGAUAAGCCCAAGCAUCUGCAAAAAGACUAUCAGUCAGCAGCAUAGCAAUUUUGUCUUACACAUCUUUCAUCAGAGGCCAAAAGUGUCUCUUCCUUUCUUUCUGGUUCCUUGCUGUCUUUUUUAUGUGCUCAUGAGUGUUUCUGAGUCUAGAGGCAGCUUAUUUUAAUUUAAAAGAUUUAAUAUAACUUAUUUUAUUAAAAAAAUAAUGUUUCA